UAUACCAAUUCAAAACUACAGGAGCACCCCUUCGAGGAAAAAACUUUUGAGUAAAGCAUCAUCUCUGAGUCUCACGAAUCACAACGGUGUUGAAUACUGCAAGGCAUAGGUAAUUGACACUUAAGAAUAUGAGUGAUUCGCCAUCAUCAGUUGCCGGUGUUCCUCGUACUCCUACUACUCCAAGUACUCCAGAUAUCUCUAUUGGGUCUACUAGUGGCUCAUCGUCAUCUAGUCGGUUGGUCAUCUCAGUUGUAGGAGAAAAGUUUGUUCCUAAUGGUCAUUCUAUUUCGAAGAGCAUCACAGAAACAUUCAAGGAACGACAAGACGCUACUGGUUACUCAUGGAAGGAUGUUAGUGAAUCGACUCGUAAAUUCUAUUGGCAUGAAUUUGUGAAAUUAUAUCAGUGGAACCCUUCUGAGACUACCGUAAUCGAACACACCUGGGGUAAAGUGGCAUCCACCUUAUACUCUAAGAAAUUGCACCGUUGGCGAAAACGUCCCAGACCUACUUUUGUUCCAGAAGAUGUAUGGGAAAGCUGGAAGACAUAUUGGGCCUCUGACAAGUGGCUGGAAAAAUCUCGUAUCGCCACUCGAAAUCGACACAGUGAGACUGGUGGUCCAGGCACUGGUCCAAGCAAGCAUACUGGUGGUUCUAAAUCAACAGUGAAGCAUACUAUAAAAUUGGCAAUAGACCUACGUCGUCCUGCAAAUUCAUGGGAUGUCUUUAAGAAGCUGCACAAAAGAAAGGAUGGCAGCUUUGUUGAUCCCAAGUCUAAGAGCAUUAAUGAUGAAAUGGAGGCUAGGGUGGCUGCUGCUAUAAGCUCAUCAGAUGAUUCACAAGAAGUUCAAGAACUCGAUGUAAAUAGCAUAUACUUGGAUGUUGUGACUGAUCGUGCUGCUGAUCAAGAGCGCAUCAAAUUACUUGAGGAAGAGAUGUUGCGAAUGAAAGAAAAUCAAGAGAGGAUUCUUCAAGAGCGUGUAGAGGCGGAAGUGCAACAACGCGUAGAGAAGGAGGUCUCGGAUCGAUUUAAGUCUAUGGAGGAUCGAUGGUCUCACAUGAUGAGCGUGAUGGGUUUAUCUUCUCGCUCAUCUGGUAGUCCUACUCUCCCUAACAGGGACUCACCAAAUGCUUAAGUGUGUAACAUUUUAGACUUUGGUUAGUUGGAUAUUCUAAGUGUUGCUUCCAACGUUGUCAGACUUUUGUUAGUUGGAUGCUUUGUAAGUUUAAAAGUUUUGUAGACUUUUGCUUAUUGAA